GCAGAGACUAGCUUCAGAACUGGUCAGACACAGGAGAUUACUGUUGUGCUUCUGCACAGCUUUCUUCAUCCACUGUAAUCCAAAUCAAAUCACAUUUAUUUAUAUAGCCCUCCGUACAUCAGCUGAUAUCUCAAAGUGCUGUACAGAAACCCAGCCUAAAACCCCAAACAGCAAGCAAUGCAGGUGCAUCCACAUACAAUCCUGAAAUACAUUCUGACAAUGUGACCUGUGUCCAGACCUGGAAGAGCAGAUGGAGAAAGAGACGCCCAUGGAUGAGCAGUCCUUAGAGUCUCCUACGCUGGAACCAUAUGACUUUCCCUCUUUACUUCAUGACAUAGCAGAGAUUCCCCCUCCAGAGUGGCCAGAGAGCCCAGUCUGUGAGAUUGGUCACCCACUUGAAGAACAGUGAGUUCAACUAUUCGAACAUCCUGCAAAAACCCUCAAAUUGAAAGAUGAAUGUCCAGUAUGCUGUUCUGUGAGACAGUAUUUUUUAAAUUUUUAAUCAAAAUACUUAUCAAUAAUGUAAAUGUAAAAUUUUGAGGAAUUAUUUUAUCGGUCAUCUUUGCUUUAGCAGGGAUGCAGAGCUUAGAGAAAUACAGUGUUUCCCUAAUGUCAUUUUGAUUCAACUGCCACAAGAGUGGGCUAUUGCCUUGUUUGAAGUUGCUGGUAGGCUGCAACAGUUUUAAAAAUUGUAUUUAUCGAGUUCUCUGUGUACAUUCAUUAAUUAAUUAGGACUUGAUUAAGAUAGGUAUUACUUACAGUGCUGAUAGUUUGGUUUGAAGAUGGUUUAUCAUCUGAUUAUAAUAAAAGGGAGGGGAUUAUUUAGCCUAUUUGUCCUUAAAAAAAACAUGUUUAUAAAUUUAUACCAUGUUAUUAAAUAGGAGAUUAUAAAGGCUUGUGUGUAUGCUAGAAAGGCACAACGAAUGUGGGCGACUGUGACAUGUAAAUAAAAAUAAAUGCAGGUCAGGGGUCGCAUUACAGCCGCGCUCUGAAAUCACCUGUGAGUCGGCGCGCACGUCAUUCUGCAUACCCGAUGUGGGUGUACACAAGUUACUACGGACCUGUUGCACUCCAACUCUUAUCACAAACAUUUAACUCUCCUCUGCGGUGAAGACUUUAUUGAAGUUGAAAUAGCGUACGAUAUUUAAUCUAGGAACAUUUAUCCAGUGUCCAGAUUCAGAGCUGCAGUGUGAGUGAAGAGGGUAUCCACAGCUCAGAGAGUCAGAGGUCACAUAAAGCCUGCAGAACCAAAAAACAACCCCCAAACUGUUCACUCCCAGCAAGCCCAGCUUCCAGAACUCAAGAGACUUUGGAGGCAGUAACAUGAGCAGCAGUGUGGCUGACCUGCCCACCUUCUCCCCCAGCCUUUUUGCCCCCAGUGCCUUCAACUAUGCUCGGCCACGCCAGUUCAUCCAGUCUCAGCCAGCCUUUCAGGCCACCAGCUACAGUGUCACCCAGGCUCUGCCUCAGCCCAGCGGGAACAGCAGCAAGGCCUCUCCUUCCUCUUCCAAUCUGAGCUUCCCCAUUUCCACCCCUGCAUCCUCACAGCUGACGGUGUUCCCUCGUGAUCCUCCUCCCUCCUCCGCUGCCCAGUCCAUGUCCCCCUCUUGCGCCCCCAUGUGCUCCACUAUCACCCUCACCCCCAGGGCCUACGCCAGUGUCCCAGCUCCACCUGAGCCCAAGCCCAAGUCCUCUCCAGCUGCCUUCCUCUGCUCUGUCCUGCCCUCUCAGUCCACCCCACAUUACAAGCCUGCUCCCAUGUCUAUUCCUCAGCCUCUAUCCCCAGCUCUCUCCCCAAACUCCCCCAACCCCCCCAACCCUCUGCCCAAGCCCCGGUUUGAUGCCUCCCUGCACAUGGGACAGGGACGGUCUCUCCCUACACAGAGCCUGCCUAUGAGUCAGUUUCCCCACUCUCCACCCCCGCCCCCGGUUUCCAUGCCACAGCCCCCCUUUCCUCCUCCCUCAUGUGUGUCUCUGCCUCCUAGCUACAGAGGGACCCCAAACAUCCUUCCCAAGCCCACCCUGAAGAAGGCUCCUGUCCCUAGGUCAGGGUCCCGCAACACGGAUGAGGAUAUCCAGGGCUCCAAGGACGCCCUGAUCCAGGAUCUGGAGAAGAAGCUACGUACCAAAGAGACCCAAAGGCAAAACAGCCAGAAGCUGUCCUAUGAGGAGCGCAUGGCUCGGAGGUUGCUGGGUCCAGAUAACGCUGCCUCUGUCUUUGAGAAUUCCUCUGACUCACAUCCCGACCAGCCAGAAUCACCAGAGGGACGUAACACCGGAGGAAUAUGGGGCAAACACCACUCUGGUACUGAUGUCAACGAGGGCUCAGCCAUCCAGGAGAAGUGCUAUGCCCCACGCUUCAUCCAGGUCCCACAGGACCUCACGGUGGAGGAGGGCAGGUUCUGUAGGAUCCAAUUCAAGGUGGGGGGUCUGCCCACACCAGACGUGACCUGGUACCUGGAUGGUAAAGCCAUCCGUCCAGACGACUACCACAAGAUGCUGGUGUGUGAGAAAGGCGUGCACUCCUUCAUCAUUGAGAUCGUGACGGUGCAUCACGCCGGAGUCUACGAGUGUAUUGCCAGGAACCGCGCCGGGGAGAACCGCUUCUCCAUGAAACUGGAGGUUAUCGCCCAGGAGGUGCUUCGUCCCCCUACCUUCGUCCAGAAGAUGCUGAACUCUCGUGCCAUGGAGGGGGACACAGUGAGGUUAGAGUCUAAGGUGGCUGCCUCCCCUCCACCAAAGUUCUUCUGGAAGAAAGACAAAGACAUGCUACGCAUUGACCCCACCAGAAUGAGCCUGUACCAGGACAGCACAGGAAGUCAAUGCCUGCUCAUUGAGAGGCUAGUCAAAUCUGAUGCAGGCUGGUACACCCUGUCUGCCAUCAAUGAGGCCGGCAUGUCCACCUGCAAUGCCAGACUGGAUGUAGGAACUCGCACCAACAAGCCUGCCCCCCUACAGGCAAGCAUUUUAAAGUCCCCCUACUCCGCCAUCUCCCCAUCCUUUCUCUGGACCCCCCCCAGCACACGGCCCCCCUGUACGAGAGUGAGGAGCUUUAGACAACACUAAACUAGCAGUAUAAUAACCUGUUGUACCCCUCUGCUCCACUUUAUACUGGUCUGUCAGUCUGUCCACUGAGACGGUCAUGUUGUCUGUGCCUGGGGGAGGAAAUGAAUCAAAGUUUUGAAGAAGCAGAUAUACCCACAGUGCCUCAGUCUCAAUCAGGACACCAUUCCCCGCAUUUGUCAAAUGCACUUUAGUUUGAGCCCUUCUGUUGUUUUUUUAGGGUGGACUGGUCAGAUGGUUUUCUCAGCAUCCUCUAGUAUGGUGAAUCUUACCUGGCCUGAGCACAGACCUUUGUCAAAUGCUGUCUCUGUGGUUUGCUGUUCUAGUUAGAGAAUGAAUCAUGUAUUGUCUCCAGAUAUGUAACUCUUUUGAAGUUCCUUUACAAAAAGCAGCAUUUAUGACUGCUGUUUCAAGUGACUCUUUUUCUGGUUUUAAAAAGGUAACAUUAUUUUAAUGUAUAAAGUAUUUAUUGGACAAUUCUGAAAUGUAAAUGGUUGCCUUCACACCCAAAUUUACAACCUCUGUCUGAUUCUGACCAUAGAAAAAUGUUUUUCUAAGUCUUAU